UGUGGAUGCAGUGCCAUGCCAUGCCAGUCUAGACCAGUCAGAUUAAUGGAAUCUGAUCUCCCAUUCGCCCUGAUGAAAUCGGGGGAUCAUUUGUUGAUCCCAAUGUCGUCGGUCAUUGAAGUCCAGCAUGAUGUGUGCUAGCUCUCCCACUACCACCUCCUGGCGUCAGAACUAAUCCAUCGAACUAAACCCCAUACCCACAAACCCAGAACUGAAACGGCCGGAAUAGACCGUACACUACUUACCGUGUGCACAAGAAAUCCCAAAGUGCGGACAAGCGAGGGAAGUGAAAAAUUCCCAGUUGGCCCGGUCGGGCCCUUUUCCCACCAGACCAGGAGACAGACCCAAUUCACAAGUUACUGAUGGACUCGUAGUCAAUUCAUGAAGCUUGCAACAAACUUGACAAAACUGACCUCACUGUUCUUGUAUAAAAGCAAACGAAAACCAAUAACCAAAACCCCAGCCCAUACUUGCAAAUCCACCUGGCAAGUACAGACAACACUAAGUAACAUAUCUACUGGAUCGCCGCCUUCCUGUACAUUUGCCAUCGCAUUUACCCAUCUUACCCUCACCCUUGUCCUUGCCAUCCAUCACAUCCACUCAUCCACUCAUCCACUCAUCCACCUGUUCAGCUACCAACCACCGACCUACUAAGCUAGAAAGCACCAGAAAACUUCACUCAAUAUCAACUACCAUCCAACGACCUCAUUGCCACCGAGUUCAGGCCUCGAAUUACCUCACCUCUGACAACCCCCAAACUCUCAAUCCCAAUUCUAAUUCUCAGUGGAUCCCCACAACCACGACACACACAUACGACACACACAUACGACACACAAACCAGCUGAAAUCAAUUAACCGUCUCAUUCAAAUUUGUGACGUCUCUGUGUCUUUCCUUACGACCCAACACAACGGUCUUUUUUUCAACAUCACAUCGUCUGACCACAGGACUGGACCAAAACCCCUCGUCGGUCACGCGAUCUAGGCCUGAGCGGCCCAAUCCCUAUCCAUUCUCCCUUCUCUUGCCUAAUAUCGUCACCUAUAAGCACCGCCUCAACUUCGUUCUAAGCAUAUUGCUGUUGUUGGCUUUUGGUUUCAGAAUUCAAUCUCACCCUCAUUCUAUCGUCAGUCGAUUCUAUGAGGAUUGAGAUCGAGCCACGCAUGGGAAACUAAGAGAAAUUCGGUUCUGACUUGCCACAUCCCACGACUAUUUUCUCAACGCCCAAUUCUCUCCUUCCUCGAUUCAUACCUACGAUUUUUUUUCGAAACGAACGCAUAUUGUCUCCACAUAACGCCUUUGGAGAUGUAGGCUGCUGCAGUGGCAAGCUGAUUUUGUUUUUCUCCCACCUCAUCUCAUCCUAAACUAUCCUCCGGUCCGGCUCACGGCUACGACUUGCUUGUUUCGUUGGUUAGGUGUACCAGUCACUACACCAGCACAUCACAGAGAGUGUGCGAGAGGGACGGCCCAUUUGGUGCUGUUGAGGGGGGCUUUGAAACGAGUUGAAGGGUCGCAAGGGAUUCGAGAAAUGAGUUUUCAACCCAGGUAGGUUCACUCCCGAGAUACAUGCAUGGCAGGAUAUUGGCAGUGUUGCCGAUGGGUUGGAACGUGGGAUUAUCGUCAUAUAGCGAGGAUCUUGAAGCUGAUUCGAAUGCGCGUCCAGGAGAGAGUAUCACAUCGUUGUGCUCGGCGCUGGAGGAGUCGGCAAAAGCUGUCUCACUGCACAGUUCGUGCAGAAUGUCUGGAUUGAGAGUUACGAUCCGACCAUCGAGGACUCGUAUCGAAAACAGGUCAAUGUAAAUGGCAAGCAGAUCAUGUUGGAAAUGUAUGUAUUCAAAACCAAAUUCCUUCUUCAUUUCAUGUUACACGCAAUGGAACUAUAUCUCUUUUCAUCCAAACCACGUUCCCGUCCCUGUCCCGUCAGCUAACAUUGCUUUUGUUUCACCACAUUCUAGUCUAGACACGGCUGGCACCGAACAAUUCACCGCCAUGCGAGAACUCUACAUGAGACAAGGCCACGGGUUUCUCCUUGUCUUCUCCAUCUGCAACAUGAACUCCUUUUACGAGCUGGCCGAGCUGCGAGAACAAAUCAUUCGUAUCAAGGACGACGAAGAUAUUCCUCUAGUCGUGGUUGGCAACAAAUCCGACAUGGACGACGAGAGGGUCGUGUCCCGAGAACGAGCUCUGAACCAGGCACAACAAUGGGGACAGAAACCCUAUUUCGAGACAUCAGCUCGACUGCGGCGUAAUGUCGACGAAGUCUUUCACAACCUCUGCGCCCAGAUCAUCGCCAAAGACACCAGUCGAACUCAGAUGUAUGAGCAACAGCUGGCGGCUCGACGCAGGGAUCGACCCAAUCGACAUGACCGAAGAGCUGGACGGAAGGGCCGCACUCGUGACCGAUGUGUCAUCUUGUAACCACUCUGUUAUGAUAGAUAUGUUGUUAGCAGAAGGCCACUGUGGCGUUUUUGGGGUGUGUUUUUGGGGGAGUGGCGUAGAAACAGCUAGACAAAAAGUACUGGAUUGAUGCAAGAGGCGAAAAAGGGGGAACAAGACAAUACAACAGGGUACUAGACACUUACCGACUCACGUCCGUCCAGGUAUGGAUGCACCAAUGAAUUGAUUUCCAAGAUUG